AUGAAAAAAAUUAAAUCAUGUUUAAUUAUUUCAUUACUUUUUUAUUUACAAAUAUUAUAUAAAUUUUUAUUUUGCAAUGGAUUCUAUGUAGGUCAUAAAAUUAAUUUUCUCAUAAAUAAAAGAACAACCAAAUAUACAUAUAAAAAGAAAUUUAACGGAAACAAAUUUUUUAAGAAAAGUAGUUAUAACGAAAAUACAGUUGAUAAAUUGUCAUCUCUUGAUGAUAGCACGACUACUAAUAAUGAAGAACAUAUAAAACCUGAUAUUAAAAAAAAUUAUGAUAAAUUGAAAGAAAAUAUAGAAAAGCAGAAAGUUCAAAUAGAUGAAAUUUUAAAGAAAAGCAAAUCCAUUCAUUUAGAACGUUCGUUUUCGUUCAAUAAAGAUGAUAUAAUGAUUAAACCAGAGUUAUUAAAAGAUUUAAUUACUCAAAAAUAUAGAAAACUAUUUCAGAGGCAUGAUAAAGACUGUGGAAGUAGUGAAAUACAAAUUAUUAUUUUAACUUUUAAGAUUUAUUUUUUAACAGAACAUAUGAAGAAGAAUAAAAAAGAUUUUGCUUGUUUAAGAGGUUUAUUUAAGUGUGUUAGCAAAAGAAGAAAACUUUUAAUUUAUUUGGGAAUGAAAAAUCGUGAAAUAUUUGAUAAAAUAACAGAUUUUUUUAAAAUUAAAAAACCAUUAUUACCUAGAACGCCUGAAUAUUAUUCAAAAGAUUUAAAAUAUAUACAUUUUAAAAAUACUAAAAGAUUUAAAAAUAACGCUGAAAAAAAGAAAAAAGAUAAAUUAAAAAAAAAAAAAGAACAAACGGAUAAAAUAUUAUUCAGUAUCUAA